AUUUUAAGAAGCAAUUAACGAUAAAAUUAAGUGAAUUCCAACCAAGUGUGAAACAGUAAAUAAGAAUAAUGAGUGUUCAACAAUUCGAGCGUGAAGUUCUUGACCACAAUAAAUAUCGGGCAAUGCAUGGGGCCCAGCCUUUAAAACUUAGUCCCAAACUGAAUCAAUUGGCCACUGAAUGGGCCAAGUAUUUGUUGGCCAGAAAUUGCAUGCAGCAUCGUCAAAAUAGCGGAUAUGGCGAGAAUAUUUACAUGGCCUGGGGAAAUCUGGGAGGAGCAGAUGCAGUUCGAUCCUGGUACGAAGAAGUCUCUAAAUAUCAAUGGCACUCUCCCUCGUUCCAAUGCAACACAGGACACUUCACUCAGGUGGUGUGGAAGUCCUCCACCGAACUGGGAGUCGGCUUUGCUAAACGGUAA